GGUCGAGCCACACGCCCCACAAUUUGUAUCCCGACGUGAAGUACCAAGACAAGAUGCUGCGCUCUCAGGUUGCCAAGGUCGCUAAGUCGCGGGGUCUCGUGCGUCGCUUUGCCUCGGACGCCAAGGAGGAAGUCGUCAAGGUGGCUCCCACGCCCGCGCCCGUCGUGGUGAAGAAAGGUGGCAGCUCCUUCAUGCAGCGCAUCGUGUCGUUCGGUGUAGGCGUCGCUGUGGGCGCCGGCUACGGUCUGUACGUGCUCUCGGAGGACGUGGAGCAGUCGACGCAGCAGAUUCAGAGCUCUGUGGGCAGCCUCAAGGACGAGAUGAUCGCGCAGAACGCGGCGCUCACCAAGCGGAUCGAGGCGCUUGAGAAGCGUCAGUAGAUGGGCAACAAGAAGAGGAGGAAGAGCGCAAUAAUGACGAAAAUAUGCGCGAGGAAUGGUUAAAUGCUUCUCUAUUGUGGCAAUUAAUGGGUCUUGUCCUGUGCUUAUCAGGUUUUACAUUCUUGAGACUUCUAUUGAGAGUACAAGACAUUAGGGACGGGAGCUGGUUCGGCGGCAUUUCG